CCCUAAUCCUCGAUCGUAACGGCUACCGCCCCCUCGGGUUUUUUAGCCCGCAGAAAAAGAGCAGAAACCCUAAUUCCUCUAUCUGGUAUCCGAUCCUGAGCUCGUUGUCGCGUCAAAUGGCGGUCACGGACUUUUUGGAGGGCAUGAACGACUAUCGGCUGAGGCCUCGGAUGCUGCGGUCGCUGGUGAGGGACCGCCUCCCCGACGAGAAGCGCCCCUUUUCCAGUCCCGCCGAGCUGUCCUCCGUCCUAGCCUAUGUGAAGACCCACGGCCUCCUCUCCGAGCGCCUCGCUGAUUCAUCCGAUGGGAAACUGAUCGAGGCUUGGAGAUCCGCCGUCGAUGCCUGGGUUGAUCGCAUCCUAUUUCUGGUCUCAAGUAAUAUGCCAGAUAAAUGUUGGGCGGGGACCUGUUUGCUUGGCGUCACUUGUGAAGAGUGCAGCUCUGACCGUUUCAUAGCAUCAUACUCUCUUUGGUUCCAGAAGCUUCUCUCAAAUAUUCAGCCGCCAUCCAGCACACAUUUUGUGAAAGUGGCUUCUUGUGCUUCCUUGGCUGAUCUUUUCACAAGAUCUGCUGGUUUUACUAGUUUGAAGAAGGAUGCAACAUCAUUUGCUGGGAGACUUAUUCAGCCAGUUCUCCAGUUAUUAAACAAUGAUGGUGCAGAGGCUGUAUGGGAAGGAGCAGUUGAUUUAUUGUGCACCCUCAUAACAUUCUAUCCAUCUUCGCUGCAUCGACAUUAUGAUAAUGUUGAAGCUAUCCUUGCAUCAAAGAUUAUGUCAGCAAAGUGCAAUAUGCAUACCUCUAAGAAAUUUGCCCACUGUUUAGCAUUACUUCCAAAAGUAAAAGGUGAUGAAGAUAGCUGGUCUUUGAUGAUGCAAAAGAUUUUGAUAACAAUAGAUAUGCUUCUGAAUGAUGCCUUCCAAGGACUAGAAGAAGCUAAAAGUUCUGAGGUUGUGAGACUGUUAGUUCCACCAGGAAAAGAUCCUUCUCCACCGCUGGGAGGUCAUUUGAGGUCUGAAGAAGCUUCUCAGCCAGCAACAAAAGUUCUUCAUGAAGUAUUGGUUCCCAUAGUGUCUACUCUCAUACAUUGUUGCUGCAUCAUGCUUACUAAUCCUUAUCCUGUUCAGGUGGCGGUUCCUGUUCGCCCUUUGCUAGCUUUGGUUGGGAGGGUGCUUAGAGUGGAUGGUUCUCUGCAUGAAUCCUUGUUGCUGUUCACAACUGUGAUGCAUCAAGAAAUUCUCUGUUCAGAGCUUCCAGAAUUGCAUUUAGCAAGCUUGGAUCUUUUAAUUGCGACAAUAAAAGGAGUGCGAAGCCAACUCUUACCACAUGCUGCUAACAUUGUGCGACUCCUGACAGAGUAUUUCAGGAGAGCUACAUUGCCUAAUAUAAGGAUAAGAGUUUAUUCUAUUAUGCAGAAUUUGCUGAUCUCCAUGGGUGUUGGGAUGGCUUUAUACCUAGCCCAGGAAGUAAUCAAUAAUGCUUUUGCUGAUCUGAAGGAUAGUCCUGAGAACAGUUUAAUGUUCUCGAAUUUAUACUCAUCCAAAGUAGGAAGUGAGACAUUGAAGCAAAGUAGCCCUCGGAAGAGGAAGCAUGCUUCUGGAUCACCAAGGCAACAUUUAAAUAGCGUUGACCCUGAAGUUGCAGCGAUCAGCAGAAAACCAGUUACUCCUCUUCCUGUCAAGAUAGCUGCACUUAAAACACUGGAAGCUCUUUUGACUGUGGGUGGUUCUUUGAGAUCGGAAUGUUGGCGGCCAAAUGUGGACCUACUUUUGAUAAAUGUAGCAAAAAAUGCCUGUGAGAUGGGAUUGUCGUACGAGGGAAAAUCUGUCAUUUUAACAGAGGAACCUACAAUGUCACGAGCUGAUUUUCAACUUGCAGCAUUACAGGCACUGUUAGCAUCCCUUCUUUCGCAAGCUCAUGUUCGCCCUCCAUAUUUAUCAGAAGGCCUUGAACUUUUCCGCAGAGGAAAACUAGAAACUGGAACUGCACUUUCUACGUUCUGCGCACAUGCCCUGCUGGCCUUGGAAGUUCUUAUCCAUCCUCGAGCCUUACCAUUGGUGGAUUAUUCAGUUGCCAAGAGUCUGACACUUGACAAGGGUUUCAACGACAGAUUCCCAGAAAGUACAUUUCUCAGCAACCAGAAAACCGCUAUGCCUUCAUUGUCCAAGGGUGGUCUAGGGUCUCUUAAUGAUUUGGAGGAUGAUGAACAAUACUUCAAUUGGUUGGGUAGUGAUGAAGAGGCUGCAGCAGAUGCCAGCAACCUGAGUAGACAUAAUCACAAUGCUGAUCAACCUGAGCCUGAUUUAUUUGAAGAUUCUCUGGCAGAAAAGGGUGCGGGGGUUCAUUGUGCCGGAGGUAAUGAGAUUGUUGAAGGCAGUCAGGAGCGCCUUAUUGAUGUGGAGAUGGAAUGCUUCAGUAAAGAAGAAAAUAUGGUUGAGUCAACCAUAAUGGAAGAACCCAAUGCCAGUAAUUGCAUUGGUGUUGCAGCUGGCUCUGAGCGGGCAUCACCCAACAAAAAUGUACUUUCCAGCAAUGGGAUGCCUCUAGGCAAAGAAGACAUGAUUUCAAGUGAUGCUGCGGAUCUCAGCAACAUUGCUGAUAAAUCUAAAAAUUUUGCUGCUGGCGUUUCCUCUGGUGAUCUGAUGGUGCCAGGCAGAGGUGACCUUGCUGCAAACAGUGCUUCAAAUCUCAAAAAUGAUGCAGAUGAUGGUUAUAGAGGCUUAACCGUCUGGAAUAAGGGAAAGGAGCUGAUGGAUGACUCUGACUCGGUCUCUCUUGAUUCAUUACCAGAUAUUGUUGAUGGAGAUCCAGAUACUGAUUAGUUAUGUAUGAAAAUUUUGUAGGUUUACGGAAUUACAGGGAAUGGAGUAGCAGCAUAGACCUGUAUCAUAUGAAGUCUUGGUUUUUCUGUUGUUACCAUUCUCAUUUCUUCAAUUUGUCCAAAGUACCUGGUGUGACUUCAGUCGAAGCGGUUAGCUGCCCAAACUCUGUUGUGUCAGUUUGCUUUCUUAACCGAGCUAUCCGGAAGUGGAUGGCAAAAUUUUAUUUAUAUAUAGAUGGAAACAAAAAGUAGUUUUUCUUUGGCACUGUUCUCGGUAUGAAGCCUAUUUUUGUUUAGGAUAACGAGUAUUGAAUGGAGAGAUGCUUUUGGUAAGGUUUAGGUGUGGAGUCUCUGAUAUCUAUCCGACUAUUGUGUUGUUUUGCCUCACUGAUUUUCAGUUUCAUUCGUUCCAAUUUUUCCA